AUGAAGAGAAAUAGGACAAGUGGCGGUGCAACAGCCUCCUCUUCACAUGGCACUGAUGAUGCUGACCUGAUGCAGACCAUGCGAGAAAUUGCUAGAGUUAUGUCUCAGAGUGAGGGUAGUGGGAUGAACUCCAUGACAANUUGUCGCACCAUGAAGAGAAAUAGGACAAGUGGCGGUGCAACAGCCUCCUCUUCACAUGGCACUGAUGAUGCUGACCUGAUGCAGACCAUGCGAGAAAUUGCUAGAGUUAUGUCUCAGAGUGAGGGUAGUGGGAUGAACUCCAUGACAACACUAAAGGAGUUCCGGAGGCAAAACCCUCCAGUGUUCAAUGGUGAGCUUGAUCUGACAACCAUGAAGAGAAAUAAGACUAGUGGCGGUGCAACAGCCUCCUCUUCACAUGGCACUGAUGAUGCUGACCUGAUGCAGACCAUGCAAGAAAUUGCUAGAGUUAUGUCUCAGAGUGAGGGUAGUGGGAUGAACUCCAUGACAACACUAAAGGAGUUCCGGAGGCAAAACCCUCCAGUGUUCAAUGGGCAAGGAGUAUGUUAUGAGUACGGACAGGUGAGACAUUACAGGCGAGAUUGUCCACAACGAGGACCCUUUCAGAAUGUUGCUAGACCAUAA